UUUCUGCUGCUUUGAUUUCCAAGCAAAGUCCCUAAGUGAACAUAAAUGAACGUUUUCAUAAACUUAUCCCAACCAGGUCACGGUGACAUCUGCGUGGUCCAUAUGUUGGGCUUUGAUACAAGAUUUAAGGGCGGGAUUAGCUCGCAAAGGCGCAAGAUUACAACUUCAUUAAGAGUCCCAGUUCCGACCUCAGAUCAACAGCGUUCAUCGAAUAUUAAUCAACAAAGACGGAAACCAUGGCAGCCGUUCACAAGCUCGAGUACAGUAAGGACGGCCACUUCGUCCGGCCAGCAAGUACAUUCCGUAACUUCGUCUCCAAAGACCCCAACUCCCAGUUUCCCGCUGAGAAGGGUCGAUAUGCGCUCUAUCUCUCGCCAGGUUGCCCUUGGGCUCAUCGCACCCUAAUAGUGCGCGCUCUCAAGCACCUCGAGGAUAUCAUCGACCUCUACGUCCUCGGCAACAUGGGCUCCAAAGGCUGGGAAUUCAACGGUCUCUACGGUUCUUUGACGGAAGACCCCAUCCACGGCUUCAAGACGCUGCGCGAGCUAUACGAGCUCGUCGACCCGGGCUACAGCGGCCGCGUCACUGUGCCGGUGCUCUGGGACAAGAAGACGGACACGCUCGUCAACAACGAGAGUAGCGAGAUCAUCCGCAUGUUUUAUUCUGAGUUUGACGAUCUGCUGCCGCCUGAGCAUCGCGAGGUCAACAAGCCGGCUGGGGGGCUGUACCCCGCUGAGAUGAGGGGGAGCAUUGAUGAGAUGAAUGAGUGGGUUUACAACACCGUCAACAACGGAGUUUACAAGACCGGGUUUGCGAGCUCGCAGGAGGCGUACGAGAAGAACUUGUAUCCGCUGUUCGAAUCGCUCGAUCGACUCGAAGGCAUUCUCGCUGAGCACGGCAAACCUUUCUUAUUCGGGGAUUAUGUCACAGAGGCCGAUGUGCGGCUGUACACGACCAUCGUUCGUUUCGACGUCGGUUAUCACCCGGUCUUCUUGUGCAAUUUGAAGAGUAUCCGACACGAUUACCCGAAGCUGCACCUGUGGCUGAGGAGAUUGUACUGGGAUCAGAGUGAAAGGACCUUCGGAGCUUUCUACAAGACGACCCGGCCGUGGAUUGCGGGGUAUGGUCCCGGGUAUGCAUCCGCCAGGCAAAGGAUUGUCAUGCCUGAGAGUGUGCUGAUUACGCCUAAAGGGCCGGCGGUGUUGAUUGAAGAGUUAAGAGAGGGGGAGAAGUUGUGAUAGGCGUAUUCUAGCAACCUAAACCAAAAAAUCUUGUUGCCGAUGAGCCUUGUCCAGGC